UCAUUUGUUUGCCGCCGCGGUGCUCGAUCAAUCGUACGUUCUAUUUUCAAAUUGAUUUACCAAUUGAAAUUGAUUAUCAAUUGAAAUUGUCAAUUGGUUUUAAUUAGCGCGGUUAAGGGUUAAGUUUGAUAGGAUAUCUUGGGAUUAACAUUAUGUUAGGUGUGAGUGUUGUGUACUGACAGUUUGUGUUGCAAGUGUGUGAAUAUUAUUGGUAAACCAUGGAGUUCUCAUUCGCCAACGAGACAUUGGCGGAGUCGGCGAUGGUGAGCCACCUCAAAGGGGUGGGGAGGAUGUUCUACCUCAUCACGCCACAGGAACACAUGUUUGAGAGGAAGGAGGAUGUGCCUAACUUCUUUAAACAGUCAUGGCCGUAUUUCCUGAUAUUUAUCGUGCUGGAGCACAUAGUGUUAAGACUGGAAGGCAAGCCCGGGAUCAGACUGAACGACGGGAUCACCAGCAUCUCACACGGAUUGCUGCAGGAAUGUGGCAGAAUAUUAUGGCGAGGCGCAGAAUCGUACCUCUACACAUGGAUAUACACCAACUUCAGAAUAGUGGAGCUACCCUGGGACAACGUUUGGACCUGGUAUGCAGCAGCACUAGGAGUCGACUUCUGUUACUACUGGAUGCACAGAGCAUGCCACGAGGUCCACAUAUUAUGGGCUCAGCAUCAGGUGCACCACACAUCUGAAGACUUCAACAUGGGAGUCGGCAUCAGGCAAUCCAUACUUCAGGGAUGGUGUGGAUUUAUCUUCUACCUCCCUCUGGCGCUGGCCAUCCCUCCAGCCCAAUUCGUGAUGCACCACCAGUUCAGCUACCUAUAUAUGUUUUGGAUCCACACCGAAGCUAUCAAGAGCCUUGGGCCUUUGGAGUAUGUCCUGAACACACCUAGCCACCAUAGAGUACAUCAUGGUAGCAACAAAUACUGCUUAGACGUGAACUACGGAGGUGUCCUGAUCAUCUGGGACAGACUCUUUGGCACCUUUAGGCCUGAAACAGACAAGAUCCAGAUUGUCUACGGCCUUAUCUACAACCAGCCGUCUUUCAAUCCCCUGUAUUUGCAGGCGUUCUACACAGGCUACGUGGUGGAGAAGUUCCGGCGAUUAGAAACAGCUGGAGAUAAGCUCAGGGCGAUAUUCUGGGGACCGAGCUGGGAGCCAGGGCAGGCGAGGCUGGGGGAUGAGGACCAGAAAAUAGAUAUUGAACAAAGAGAGAAAUAUGACGUGGCACUACCGGCGUGGUGCAACCUUUAUCUAGUGCUACAUUACGCUGUGGUCUUCUACGGGUUCUUUGAGCUCGCUUCUAGAUAUAUGGGCAUGUCACCACUCUCCGUCCUAAUCGCCGUCUGCUACAUUAUCUGGUCCCUCACUGUCAUCGGGAUGCUCUUCGACUCCUCAACCUACGCCCCCCUUAUGGAAGUCCUCCGCUGUUCCGCCCUGGCCUUCUUCACCAGGAGUCUUUCCAUCAGUCCAGGGUACGGGACAGCGCUGCAGGUAGUCUACGUGGCUUCUGCUAUGUUCUGGUGCCUUUAUACUUUGAAGCUGCUUGAGAUUAAGAAGACGAAGAAGGUGGAGUGAAGAGUUGGUAGGCGCUGCACAAAAGUUUAUAGAUUAAUACUUGGGAAAGAUUAAAUCAGAGAAGAUAAGUCACUUUGCAGAGUUUUCAGAUCUGAAUGGAAUAUUCUGAAAUGUUUUGGACAUCAUCCUAAAAAUGCUGACAUUUUCGUCAAAUAUCAAUCAGUGAUCCCUUUGUAUCAAAUGAAUUAUGUGUUACUUUCGCUACGACAUAAUCUUCCCUUUCUUAUUUUAAACUUCAGCCAUUAAAUUCAGUUGUAGAGAUUUGUUGAGGUUUUGAAAAACCCUGACAAGUCCCUCUGAUCUUGCAAAAAGUUGGUAAAUUGUUAUGACAAUGUGUUCACGUUCAACAACGGUGCCAUGAAACUGUGUAAAAUAUUAUGAGAAAAACGGGGUUCAAACGAGGUUCUAUUUAAUCCUUUGAUUCAAACCCAAUACUUACGCAGUACAGGUGUCGGUUUUCAUGCAUGUUUAUAUCACUCGAAAAGCUGCUUACCUGCAUAAUCCAUCUGGUCAUGCCAAUCCGGAUCAGAGACAAUGUCGAAUCACAAACUAAUGAUCAUUUUCGUUUGUUCACAAUCGUUCAAAUCACUGGUUAACAGGCAUCCUUCUGGGUGAGCUCACUCCAUCGUAGGCCACGUCUUUGCCUUUGGCAAGUGUAAGCCCAUUUAUAAUAAUAAUUACUAAAUUAGCUGGACUUUGUGUAGCGCAUAAGUAUCUUUUAAUGUUGAAUAAUAAUACCUCUUUAGGUCUACUUUGUAUAUAUUUAGUACCAAAGCCUGCCAGUACUGUGCCUUAAAAUAUAGUAAAUAAUUAUUAAAUUGUUAGAAGUUUUAUAUUCGUCUACCAUGUGAACGAUUAGAUUUAAGAGAUUUUUAAACUUGCAUAUUUCAAUUAUAGGCACUAAAUUUUUGAGAAUAGCUUUAUACUUAAGUACUGUUUUAUAUUUUUUAGAUGAUUUUUAGUUUUUUAUUGGUAAGUAGAAUAUAUUUUUUGUUGAUAUUGAAAUGAGUUAUAUUAUCACAUAUCCUUUGCUAGGUGCAUACCUAGAUUUUUCCUCGUCAUCGUAGUUGAAAUAAAUGAAACUGUGGGUUUAGUAAAAGGAAUGUAUAAAAAAGCAAGUUAUAUAUACUCUCGUUAAAAACUCUAAACUCUUAGAUUUUUGAGUCAUUCUUGGAAAAAAAUCUCAUUCCCAUGGCCUUCAUAAUUUGUAUUUACAGAGAAAUAGCGAAAAGGAAAGAGAUUGGUGAAGACUCCUUUACUGUUCACUUAAUUUGAGACAAUACAUGUGGUAAUUUUAUACGAAUAUUAAUAUCCUCUGGCCUAUUUCACCACAGUGAUAUUGACACUGGCAAUUCUGUGCCUAUUUCUGGGUUGAUAAGUAACAUUGUUACUCAGCGUCACUAUUUCCUUGUUGAACAGGCAAUGAACGGCAAAGUGUUACUGUCGGGCGACAAUAAUGUCACUGUUUCAAUUGUCACUGUUGUGAAAGAGGGCACUGGUAAUUUUAGAGUUUGUCAUUUUAUAAUAUGCACUUUUCACUGCCAUAACCGUACUGGAACAAAAUUCUAAAAUGACUGGAACCAUUUUGGAAUAAGUCCUUCCUCUAAGUUGUCCCUGUCUUGUUGCGUGAUACCAAGGUAUUAUGAUUUUGUAACUAUCUUUUUGUAAAUAAAUGAUUUUAUUUCUUGAAGUAAUUUUAAAAUAAGUCAAUACAAUCAUAAUCAUAAAGAAUGUAAUCAAAGUCGCUUCCCGCUGUCUGCCCUUUAUGCCUAAAUUUUUAAAACUCCACAGGGAAUUUUGAUGCUGUAUGUUUAAUAUUUACCUAGAGGAAGAUGAGAAGAGGAAGGUUUAUUAUCUACUAUAAUGCCCGAAGCCGGAGCGGGUCGCUAGUUAGUAUAAUGUAUUGUUUGAAUGUUUCCUAUUAGAUGCAAAGGCUGAGAUUGCUUGCAAAUUUGGCUGGUUUUAGUGUCACGCGGACCGACCGCGUGGAGCGAUUCGCACUGGACUAAUAUGUGUUAACUUCAGGGAGCGUUUUAAGAGGAUACGGUAGCGAAAAUGCUAAAAUGGAAAGGAGCCCCCCUUUCAACUUGGGAAUUUUAGUUAAAUAUACAAGUGUUAUUAACUAGAUUUAUCAAAAAAA